AUGCUCGUCACCGCCCGCAUCCCCUCCGACAACUACGCCGCCUCCCGCCUCCUCUCCUUCUACGCCACCAACGGCCACCUCCCCCUCGCCCUCUCCCUCUUCUCCCUCACUCCCUCCCCCAACUCCUUCUUCUUCAACACCCUCAUCCGCGCUUCCUCCUCCUCCGCCUCCUCCGCCUUCGCUCUCUACUCUCGCAUGCUCCGCUCAGCUGUCUCGCCCGGCAAGCACACCUUCCCCUUCCUCCUCAAAGCCUCCGCUAAUCUUGGUUCCCCAAGCUUAUCCAAACAGAUUCACGAUCAUGUCAUCAAGUAUGGGUUGGAAUUGGAUCGAUAUGUUACCAAUGGGUUGACGCACUCCUACGCUUGUUCUGGGAUGGUUGUUGACGCACGUAAGGUGUUUGAUGGAACGACGGAGCGGAACUCGAUGAUUUGGACCACGAUGGUUAGCGGGUAUGCUAGGAACGGGCUCGCCGACGAGGCGAUUGGGUUGUUUGAGGAGAUGGUGGGGUUGGGGGUGGAGCUGUGCGGGGCCACCAUGGCGUCCGUGCUGUCAGCAUGUGCAAGGUCCGGAGGGUUAGAGACGGGGAGGAGGGUGCACGGGAUUGUUAAGGAGAAGGGGGUUGAGGUUGGGGUGAUACUGGGGACGGCGCUCGUGGAUAUGUACGCGAAGAAUGGGGCGAUUUUUGAGGCGAGGGAGGUGUUUGUAGGAAUGCCCGAGAGAAAUGUGGCUACGUGGAAUGCAAUGAUUUGUGGGUUGGCUCAUCAUGGGCAUUCCGAAGGAGCGGUGUGUCUGUUUCGGGAGUUGGAGAGGCUGGUAAAGUCGACAAGGGAAGUGUGUCCGAAUGACAUAACGUUCACGGGAAUUCUGACCGCGUGCUGCCAUGCCGGAUGGGUUGAAUUGGGGCGGGAGAUAUUUUUCUCUAUGCAAGAGAGCUAUGGGGUUGAACCGAAAGUGGAGCAUUAUGGUUGCAUGGUUGAUCUUUUAGGGAGGAGCGGGAGGUUGGAGGAGGCUGAGGAAUUGGUGAGAGGGAUGAAGUGGGAGGCCGAUAUUGUGGUUUGGGGAGCUUUGUUGACGGCUUGUCGGAGUUUUGGGAGGAUAGAGAUUGCGGAGAGGGUGGUGCAGGAGAUGCUGAGGCUGGAUCCGGAGAAUCACAGUGUUUAUGUCGUUUUGUCGAAUAUGUAUGCAGAGGUUGGCAGAUGGGAGGAUGUCACGAGGUUCAGGGGCAUUAUGAAGGACGAUGGGUUCAAGAAGAUUCCAGGUUGGAGUUCAGUUGAUGGCCAUGGUUGACAGGAGUGCACGGGUGCAUUUAGGAUCCAGUGAUAGGGACUCAGAGUGGGCCCUCAACAUUAGGUGGGGAAAAAAAACUGGAAACUGAUGAAGAUCAUUUGAAGGGAACUAUUGAUCUAACGACACUCAAGGUCAGUUCACUUAAUUUUCAGGAUUUCUAGGACAAAGAGAACAGUUCAAAUCUGGCAGUUUGGGUGGUUCAGCUGAUAAAUGAUAUUAAAACAAUAGAAACUGUUGAAGAUCAUUUGAAAGGAGUAGUUGAUCCAGUGGCAUUCAAACAAAGAAAACUCAAAUUAUUUCAAAGAAAUUUGAGGACAGUGAGAUCAUGGAAAAAGAGGACGUUCUAUAUGUCUGCCCGGGUGAUUUCGCUGAGGUAUGCUAUUGAAUCUAUGUUUGAUAGAGAGAAGAUGCAGAAGAUAAAUUUUAAACCGUGCGCUGUUCUUUGCAUUAGCAAUAUAUAUGCCGUAUUCUUCGUUGUGAUUUCGGCUUGGAGAGUUCAUUUGCUGGGAUUGUCCAAUUUGUCAACUAUUCGACAUAUAUCUAUGACUGCAGAGAGUUCAAACCUGAAGUAUAAACUGAAACAUUUUCAAUUGCUGUAUUUAUAAUUUUUUGUUAAAUUCUUUCGAACGAAGUUUUUAUUUGUUGCAUGAUAAGUGUGAAGUUCACGUAAGUUUGAAUCAGCACUCUAGUGCAAUUUGACUGAUGUUGUGAUA